GCCAUUUUGUUGACAGUUCGUGUUUUUAAUAACCCGUGCAGGGCUCAUCCCGGAGAGCGUUAGAUUUUUGCAUUCCGCUUCUUUUGGUCCUUCCGAGGAUAUUUAUGCUCAUUUUUUGUUAUUUUUUACUGAAGGCCUGAUGGAGAAGGGGACGGUUUACUCAUUCCCUUCGCACCAGCAGCGGUUGCUUCGUUACAUUACUCGUAUGGACAAAUCGCGGGGGUUUUGCUAGCAAUGCCAGCAAAUGUGUCUUGACAGGACAGCUCAGUCGUUUCGUUAAGAGUGUGGGGUUGAUAGUAGUGAUUAGCGGGUGUGAAUUCACUCGUAUAGAGGGUUGUAAACAACACAUAGACGUGAAUUGGAUGGCCGUUGACGUUGUGUACGUGUGGUUACAGCCUCGAUGUUGAGCAAAACCAACUUACCUUGCUCCAGACAUGUGUCUUUCAAAAUUGCAAUGGCAGCAAGCAAUUUCAAGAUAAAUAUCCGAGCGACCAUGCUGGGAGGAUUUUGACCGCAAAUUAUGUGAACGCCGUUCUAGCUCGCUAAGUUUGAAGGUGAGAGGGCUUGGCAUUUGGAAAGGGAAGACACUGCUUCAACCCAACAAGGAUAUCUUUUUCCAACCUCUGCUUUAAUCCCCCUUCCCCUUCCCCUCAAUUUCACUCUAUUCUUCAAACCUGAUAUCUACAAGACCUCCAGUAUCUACCUAUACGUGCGAGUGAGAACAUCCUGUCCCACUCAAGCCCCCCUUGUUCCCCAAAUCACCAAUGGAUCAGAGGACACAGGGGGGGCCUUCUACGCCGCCCCCACUCCCUGCCAAUGCCCCCCCAGCAGAACGUGAAAAAGAAGGUGUAGGAGGAAAGAAGGACGAUGAAGAAGAGAAAAAGAAACGGGAGAAACUAAGAGAUGGGGCACAGAAUGAAGCUAGUGGUGCUGAAAGUGGGACUGGUGACCAGCCGCAACAACCCACGCAGUUUUCGGUCAAGGAGACCAGCUACUCUGAGGGUAACGUUAAGCUCAAAAUAGGCCUGCAGGCCAAACGCAUGAAGAAACCUCCUAAGAUCCUGGAGAACUAUGUCUGCCGACCAGCCUUCCGUGCCACUGUAAGGCAUAGUGGAGGUAGAGGCGGAGGACGUGCUAAUCGUGGGGCUGGAGCCAGUGAUGCGAACAGCAACUCUACUAGCACAAGUAAUGGAAAGGAAGGGGAGAAAAAGCCCUCUGUCAACCGAGGAGCAUCUCAGUCAGCUGCUGCUCCUGCUGCUUCUACUCCCUCACCCUCUCUUCCUCCUGCUUCCAUCAACACUGUCACUCCAGUGAAUGGAAAUGCUCCAGCAAAAAGGGGUCCUCCAAAACUUGCCUGCAAAUCAGAGGGAAAGGCUGACGUAAAAUCUGUUGCUUCAUCAGAGAAACCUCUUAAUCUCCAUCGCCCCACGACAGAAAGUAAAUCACACUCCUCUGGAAAGAAAAACCAUGUUCCACAAACAAACUCUGCCCCUGCCCCAUCUCCACCAGCAGUGCCCCCAGCUGCCACUUCGCAACAGGACCCUAAAAUAGAUGGAAUCUUAAAAACGCCUCAAUGCAAUUUUUUGGAGGGGCAGAAGGAACAAGAAAGAGGGAUUUCUUCUUGGGGUACCCCUACAGUAACUGAAAAACUUGCUCAGCUCAUAGCUACAUGCCCACCUUCAAAGUGCCCUAAGCCAAAAGCCCGAAAGGUAUCGCCAGCUCCAGCACACAGUAGCUCACCUCCGUUAAUUUCUAAUCUGCAGCGCCCUGAACGGGCAAUGGCUAAUAGAAACACCUAUUCCAGGGCGGUUCACCUCGCCCAACCACCACCUGUAUCACGGCCCCCUGGUCGCCCAUAUGGGUCUAAAAACAAAGACAGUAUCCUUGAGAAAUUUUCUGGAACUUCUAAAAAAGAGGAAUCAGAUGGACUUUCAAAAGGGGUCUCCGGUAGCAGCAGCACAACCACCACCACCACUAGUUCAGCACUGUCUCAAAACAGCAGUCGCUUGACGACAACAACAUCCACAAAUGAAAGCACUGACAUUAACAACACAGAUGGAAUGAAAUCUCAGUCUCGUCUUGGGCAUUGCCCAUCUCAUUCUUCAUCCGCAGCUGCUUCACCUCCAUUUUCUUCUUCAUCCUCCGUAGAGAGAAUAGGAAGUACAAGCUGUAACAUAGGUUUGCCAGGCUCUCUAACCUCACGCCCUAAAGCAAGCCCCUCUCGAAUAGAGGAUUUUAGUGAGAAAGACAAAGAACGUGACCGGGAAAAGGACACAGACAGUCCAAGAGAUUUAAGUAAAGGUAUCACUCCAGCUAUAACUGGGAAGCAGGAUGCAAAAGAAAGGUGUUCUUUAUCAGCUCCUCGAAAUGACAGGGGUAAGAGCUCAAGCCCAGUCAAACGUAGUCCCAAUCAGGAAAGUCGCGUUAGUGGGGUACCAAGUCCUGCUGAGUCCACCAAAUGCACUAUUUCUCCUUCAUACCCUUCUGGUGCCAGCAGGAGCCCACCACCACUAUGCGAUGACACCGGGGCUAUUUCUCCUGCAUCACCAUCUGAGCAGGAUUCAAAACCUCUUAAGAAGCGACGAGGACGACGACCUCGCUGGACGAAGGCAGUGAGUCGCACCCACAAGUCUUUACAUGAGUCUCCUUCUAACCAUCAGCAAAUCCCCACACCAAUGCCCUCAGGGCUUUCUUUCUCAUCCCCUAUUCGGGAGUCUGUGGAGCAGCCUCUCAGUGACAGUUACACAUCCCCAGAGGAUUCUGAUAUUUUCGAUUCUUCGCCCAAGAAGAGAGGACGUCCAAAGACCAAAAUGCCUCGAUUAGAUGCACCAGCACAUGGCUGCACCCCAAACAAGUUGGCACCUUCAAAAUCCUUCUCCAGUCUGCUCAAGUCUAAGGAAGAGCAGGACCCCCCUGUUUUGCACCCUGAAGUGGAUUUUAAUCCACCUAAAAUGAUGGCAAGAAAGCGAGGGCGACCCAAGCGCUCACCUCCAACUCUUCCUCAAGAAACCCAGCCUCCGACUCUUGCUCCUGAGUCAGGGGAAGCAUCAGUUGGGGAAAAACCUUUUCGUAAUAAGGGUAAUGGGCAGCUCAUUAUGAAGACGAUCAUAGGCAAAAUCAAUAAAAUGAAGACAGUAAAACGGAAGAGGCUCCUCAGCCAAAUACUGCUUGGGCCAAAACCAGCAGAGGAGCAGGAAUGCUCAAGAAGCAGUGGGCCAACAGGGUCUCCGGUUGCUACAAAACCACAGUCCCUGACAUCACUUGCUGCUACAUUUGGUGGCAAAUUAGGGCCCCAGAUUAAUGUAAGCAAAAAGGGGACAAUAUAUAUGGGUAAAAGAAGGGGUCGUAAGCCAAAAACAUCAACUAAUCCUUCCCCAGGUGCCCCCACACCCCCUCCUGAGCCUUUCUUAUCACCAAACACUUCAUCCCCUCAUCAUCACCAGGUGCAGGCUUUACAAAACCAACCACACCAGUUGCCUCCAUCUGAGGUGUUUCCUUCCCCAUCACUAUCACAGUCAAGUGGGGGCCAAAGCCCCAUUAGUGAUGCUAGCUUUGUAGAGCCUGGCUCAGUGCAUUUCUCAUCUCACCCACACUGCAGUCAUUCUCAUCAGGUCCACCACUCAUUCUCAUUUCCACCGCCUACUUUUUCAGCCCCCUCUGCUCGAUCUGUAGCAAGUGCUGCAACAUCCACUGCACACCCAUCUCAGAAGAAGUCCUCUUGCCGGGGUUACCAUCAUCACCACCACCAUUACCGGCAGCACUAUCAUUAUCGAAAAUUUUCUCCUCCAAGGCCACUAUUGCCAACGUCUCCAGCUCCACUGAGUGAGCUGAAAGAAGCCACACCUUCUCCAGUGAGUGAAUCACACAGUGAAGAGACUGUACCCAGUGACAGUGGCAUUGGAACAGACAAUAAUAGCACCUCUGACCGUGGGGAAAAAGCUGGAAGUGCCAAUGGCUUACCUGGUGUGGGGGUCUCACAGGGUAUGGCAGGUGGACUCUUAAUGCCUGGAGUCAUAGGUCCAGGUAUUGGAACGGGAAUUGGACUUUCUUCGAGAGGUCGGAGGAGGCACUCAUCUUCAGUUCUUCUAGAACGUCCCUCACCUACACCCUCACCUCUUGGAGUGAGAGCAUCACCUGACCCAAGAAGAUCGCACCCUGCUGCCCCAUCUUCUGCUUUGGUUGGACAUAAAGAGAAACACAAGCAUAAGUGCAAGCGUCGUGGGCAUGGCUGCCCUAGCUAUGACAAACUAAAAAGGCAAAAGCGUAAACGCAAGAAGAAGUACCUGCAGCUACGGUCCCGCAGACAAGACCCAGAUUUUUUGGCUGAUUUAGAUGAGAUAUGUGUGCAGCUUAGUGAUAUACGAAUUUCUCAUCGAACACCUACACUUCGUUUGGGCAGCAGCAUAGGUUUGGGUGCCGGGGCUGGUCCUGGCCGUGGGUCUGGCUUGGGAAGUACCAGACCUAGCAGCAGCCUUGGAGGCGGAACCAAUCCACCACCCCAUCACUAUCUGCAUAGAGAUCUAUUACCCACAAUAUUCAGGAUAAAUUUUAGUGGGUAUUAUUCACCCCACCCAGCCUACCCAUGUGAUUCACUUCAUUACGUUCGUAAGCCAGAUCUUAAAAAGAAAAGAGGUCGACCACCUAAGCUUCGGGAAUCCAUAUCAGAAGUACCUUUUGUACCUGGUUUAGGCUUUCCCCUCUCAAGUGGAGGUUUCUAUCACCCUUCUUAUGGUGUCCCAUACUCUUCUACCCCACUGGGACUUGGUUACUAUCGUGGUUAUACCCCACCAAGUGCCCUGUACCCCCAUCCUCAUCACCAGGCUCCCCACUCUGGCCCAUCCCACCAUGUUCAUUCACCAUCUUUUCCUCCACCUCCACCCCCUUCUUAUGUGCAUCAUCAUCACCCAUCCCACCUGCUUCUUAACCCCUCCAAAUUUCACAAGAAGAAACAUAAGCUACUUAGGCAAGAGUAUUUAGGUGGUGGUCGUUCAUCCAUGCUCUAUCCUGCCAUGUCAUCUGAGCUGUCAUUUGGCUGGCACCACAAACACAAGCAUAGGCACAAACACCGUGAUCGCUGUGGAGAAGAGGAGGGUGAUGAUGGUGGUGGAGUUUUAGGUGGUAUAGGAGGCAGAGGUGUUGGAGGUGAGGGCUUGGGGGCCGGAAGAGGGGAGAGAGGGAGCGUAGAGUCCCUGCAGCACUGCCGGUUUGGACGAGAUGGCUCUGCUGACUCCCGAACUAACAAACAGUCAGCUUCUGCCAACUCCCCUUCCUCUUCCUCCACAUCCUCUGCAGAACGGUACAAGCGAAAAGAGGCCUCUAUGUCUUGUCUUGGGCCCUCACGACUGUCUUUGGGCACUGCAAGUCGGGGACAUCAUCCUGUUGACUCCUGGUUCAGAAUGGGAAGUUCUGAUACUGAUUACUCCAAGCUCUCUAGAAACCAGUCUUUUUCGGGGUCUGGUGCAUUCUCUGAAGGACAUGUGCAAAAUCCAGUGGAUUGCUCAGAGAGUGAUGAGGAAGAUGCUGCUUCCCCCAUUGAAGAGCCAGAGAUCAGCCAUCACACAAACCUGUUUGCAUCUGCACUAUCAAGGACCUCCCUCAAAGGAAGUCGCAGCAAAAAAGGUGGACCAUUAGAGAGUCCCAGUCUCUCACGGUUGGACAGGACGGUUAGAAGGGAUCGUUCAACAUCUUCAGAGAAAAGAGAAAUUGGGAAUGUAUCUAGCUUGCAGAACAGAGUUGGCCAAUCCAGUGUUCCUGAUGUUUCUGAGGGUCUCCAUCAUCGGCACCACCAUCACCACCACCCUCCUCUAUCCCUCUCGCACGCUGCCUCUUGCCUGCCGCACUGCACUCUAGACCAGCCUGGAAACACUGCACCACUCCGGCCCUCCAGCCGCCAAGCUAGUCCAUCCACAUGCUCCUCCCAGCCUGCAUGCUGCCUUGAUUCCCCACCUUCACAUCUCUCCCACCGGCCCCCUCCCAAAAACAACCUGCUUCAUGUCAACAAGAUCCUCCGUGCAAAGAAGCUCCAAAGGCAAGCACGUACAGGGAACAACAUGGUGAAAAAACGGGGUCCAGGACGUCCCCGCAAGAACCCGCUGCCCUCACCUCCUGCAACACCCCCACCACAGACUUCCGAACAAGACAACCACCCAUUACCUGAAAGGCACCGAGCAACUGCACUCUGGGAGGCAGAUACUGUAGUUGAUGCCAUUGAGGCUGUCGUACAGAACCAGCGCAAAAAGGGACGCAAGCGGAAGCACUGGGAAAGGGAGACUGAAGGAGGUGAUGAAGAAGAGGAGGAUGCGGAGGAAGAAAGACAGGUGGAGGACGAAGAAGAAGAAGAAGACGAAGAACAAGAACAACAGUCAGCUGCUAGAGAAGACGAUGUAAUGUCGAGAGUUAGAACAGAAGGAAGCAGGCAAUGGUUGACCCAGGAAGAAGUGCACUGUUUUCGCAGUGCACUGGAGGGAAAACCUGAUGGCUCCCCUGAGCGCCCAGGCCCUGCUACUUCGGAACCAACCCCAAACCCAUCAGUGACCAGCCAACGUGAGAAGAGAGUUGCUAGACCACCCAAAAAGAAGUUUCAAAAGGCGGGACUUUACUCUGAUGUGUACAAGACUGAUGAUCCUCGCAGUCAGCUGCUACAGUUAAAGAAAGAGAAGCUAGAAUACACUCCAGGUGAACAUGACUAUGGCCUUCUUCCUGCUCCCAUUCAUGUUGGGAAAUACUUGAGACAGAAACGCAUUGAUUUCCAGCUGCCUUACGACAUCCUGUGGCUUUGGAAACAUGAUCAGCUCUACAAGAGACCUGACGUGCCUCUCUACAAGAAGAUCAGAUCCAAUGUCUAUGUGGAUGUGAAGCCUCUUUCUGGCUAUGAAGCCACUACCUGUAACUGCAGGUUGCCUGACGACUCUAGUGAAAAGGGCUGUCAAGAUGAUUGUCUAAACAGGAUGAUUUAUGCCGAGUGCUCUCCAAGUACGUGUCCGUGUUCCGAUCAGUGCGAUAACCAGCGGAUCCAGAAGCAUGAGUGGGUUCAGUGCCUCGAGCGCUUCCGAGCUGAGGGAAAGGGCUGGGGCAUCCGGACCAAGCAGCCCCUUCGUGCCGGCCAAUUUAUCAUCGAGUACUUGGGAGAGGUGGUCAGCGAACAAGAGUUCAGAAAAUACAUUGCGUCUGACUGUAGGUUGCACCAAGUCAAAAUUCCAAUGUUGGGGGAAAAUAAAAAGCAGAUUGGUGUGAGUCGCAUGAUGGAGCAGUACUUCUCUCACAGCGGCCACUACUGCCUGAAUCUGGACAGCGGCAUGGUCAUCGAUAGCUACCGCAUGGGCAACGAGGCUCGCUUUGUCAACCACAGCUGCGAGCCCAACUGUGAGAUGCAGAAAUGGUCGGUGAACGGAGUGUACCGAAUUGGCCUGUUUGCUCUAAAAGACAUCAACAGCGGAACGGAACUGACAUAUGACUACAACUUCCACUCCUUCAACACAGAGGAACAACAAGUCUGCAAGUGUGGCUCAGAGGGUUGCCGAGGCAUCAUUGGCGGCAAGAGCAAGCGAAUCAAUGGGCUGCCUGCUAAAGGGGCCGGAUCUGGAGGCGGAGCCCGGAGACUUGGAAGAUUGAAAGAGAAACGCAAGUCCAAACACUCACUGAAGAAGCGGGAGGAAGAGUCCAGUGACAGCAGCAAGUUUUACCAGCACCUUUUAAUGAAGCCCAUGUCAAACAGAGAGAGGAACUUUGUGCUGAAACAUCGGGUCUUUCUGCUGCGGAAUUGGGAGAAGAUGCGGGAGAAACAGGAGCUUCUGAAGCGUGAGGGAGAGCGGGAGAGGGAGAACAGCGGUCUGUCUCUGUACACCCGCUGGGGAGGAGUCAUCCGGGAUGAUGGAAACAUCAAAUCAGAUGUAUUUCUGACUCAGUUCUCAGCGCUGCAGACGUCCCGCUCUGUACGCACACGCAGACUUGCGGCAGCCGAGGAGAACACUGAAGUGACACGCACCGCACGUCUGGCACACAUUUUCAAAGAGAUCUGCGAUAUGAUCACUAGCUACAAGGAUUCAUCUGGUCAGCCUCUUGCUGCUCCGCUGCUUAACCUGCCUUCUAGGAAGAGGAACACACAAUACUAUGAGAAGGUCACCGAUCCUCUAGAUCUCAGCACCAUAGAUAAGCAGAUCCUCAGCGGACACUACAAAACCGAUGAGGCGUUUGAUGCGGACAUGCUCAAAGUGUUUCGCAAUGCUGAGAAGUACUAUGGGCGUAAGUCUGCUGUGGGCCGUGACGUGUGCCGGCUGAGGAAGGCUUAUUAUGGUGCCCGUCAUGAGGCUGCUGUUCAGAUCGAUGAGAUUGUGGGUGAGACGGCAAGUGAAGCGGACAGCUCUGAUUCGCUGGAGAGAGACCACGCCCACCACCAUCACCAUGACGGAGGGGGCAGCCAUGAUAAGGAUGAUGAUGUGAUCCGCUGCAUCUGUGGCAUGUACAAGGAUGAGGGACUCAUGAUUCAGUGCGAGAAGUGCAUGGUGUGGCAGCACUGUGAUUGUAUGCGUCUGGAGGCGGAUGUGGAGCAUUAUCUCUGUGAACAGUGUGACCCUCGUCCAGUGGACAGAGAGGUUCCAAUGGUGCCUCAACCCAGCUAUGCCCAAUCAGGAUUCAUCUAUUACAUAUGCCUGCUUCGCGAUGACUUACUGUUGCAUCAGGGCGAUUGUGUGUACCUCAUGCGGGACAGCAGACGCACAACAGAAGGUCAGCCGGUGCGUCAGUCAUACCGCCUCCUGUCUCACAUCAACAGAGACAAACUGGACAUCUUCCGUAUCGAGAAACUCUGGAAGAAUGAAAAAGGUGAGAGGUUUGCAUUUGGUCAUCAUUACUUCCGUCCUCAUGAGACGCAUCACUCCCCUUCCCGCCGCUUCUACCACAACGAGCUGUUUCGAGUGCCUCUGUAUGAGAUCAUCCCGCUGGAGGCCGUGGUGGGCACCUGCUGCGUGCUGGACCUCUACACAUACUGCAAGGGUCGUCCAAAAGGGGUAAAGGAGCAGGACGUUUACAUCUGCGACUACCGGCUGGAUAAAUCCGCACACCUGUUCUACAAGAUCCACCGCAACCGUUACCCAGUGUGCACCAAGCCCUAUGCGUUCAACCACUUCCCCAAGAGACUGACGCCCAAGAGGGACUUCUCUCCUCACUAUGUUCCAGAUAACUACAAGAGGAACGGCGGACGCUCUGCUUGGAAGAGCGAGCGGCCCAAAGAUGAAGAACCAUCAUCCUCCAGCACGUCCUGCGAGCGUCUGUCCUCCAGCUUCCCUAGAGAAGGAGACGAGGACGGAGGACGAGGAGCAGAAGGAGACGCGGAGGCCGCUCAAGAGGGAUCCAGCACUCCGAGACCUCAGAGAUCCUCGCCACUGGAGAGCAGGACGGCCGGAGAGGAGGAUGAGGCGGAGGAGGAAGAGGACAGAGAGAGGAGGAGAGAGAUGCAGGAGGAGGAGGAGGAGGAGGGAUGCAGAGAGAAAGCAGGAGCGCAGGAGCCCAUAGACGCACAGUGCUCCUCCUCCAUCUCCUCUUCUCCUCUUCAUCCCGCCAUUCUGGGCAGGAGAGAAGCGCAGAGAGAGCGGCUCAACAAGAUCCUGCUCGACCUGCUGCACCGCGCGCCCACUAAGAACGCGAUAGAUGUGACGUAUCUUCUUGAGGAAGGCUCGGGUCGUCGCCUUCGCAGACGGACGCUUGGACUGAGCGAAUUCAUUUGCAGAAAGUAACGUACAUCAACACACUCUGCCCGGCACCAUUGCAGAGGAGCAAGAGAAUAGUGGACAUCUAGGAAGACACGGUCAUAUUUAUAUUUUGCGGUCAUGAAGAAACUCCGAGAGAGACCAGCCCAAGCUUCGUGUACUGAGGACAUGCAAUCCGAGAGGCGUCGACCUUCAAAAGUACACGCAUAGGAACUAAAUUGAUCGAACGAAUCAUAAGUGAACUUCGAAUUCACUGGGCAAGCCUCUCCCAAGUUGUGUAAAGGAAGGCACGGUACUACGUUCAGCCUUCUUGCAGCUGCAAAUGAAAAAAACAAAACCAACAAGGGAGACCAGCGCCACCUUGUGGUCUAAAGCGGGAUUGACUUAAAACAAAGAACAUAGGAGGAGGUGCAGUGUAGCGCACACACACACGCUGCCCCCUAGACUGGGAAGAAAGAGAGACCUGAGAAAGAACGUUGGCUAACUGCACUUUUAACAACACGGACAUCAUUCGAGAUGUACGGAUGAGACACACUAACACUCAACGCAGUAUUGAUCAAUGCUGUACGAUAAAGCAAAACAAAUAAGUAUAUUACCUUCUUCUUUUUUAUUGGUUAUACUGUAAUUACGUUAGGAAUGGAGCACGACGGUUCAUAUUUGUGAGCUCGGGACUUCAGGACUGGGCUGGAAUGUUUCGCUUCUGUUAUCGUGGGCAUUGUGAUUGGUUAGAGUGGCUGCCAGCCCCGCCCCCUUUAAAAAAAAAAAAAAACGAAAAGUAUUUAAAUUCACCAGCUCGAAAAAUAAAACAAAACAAACAUCUAGCAGUGGAGGCGCGCUGGCUUUAUAUAACGCCUUAGAAUGCCAUUAUCUUGAACGUUUUUUGUUUUUUGGUAGUGUGUGAGAUUAUUUACGGUGUUUGUUGAGUGUGCGCGUGUGUGUGUGUGUGUGACAGAAAAAGAGCCCAUUCGGAUAAUAUAAAUAUGAUUGAGGAAAGAACUUAAGGGCUCGACAGCAGUUAAUUAACAGUUUAAUUCAUGAAUUCACAAGGAUUUAUCGUAUCAUGUGACGUCAUAUUUUUUGUGAGUGGCUUGUGAGGGAGGGUGGGAGGUUUUUGGGUCGAUGUUUUUCAUUUUCGGCUUUUCGUUUCUUAUUUUAACGGCCUUUCAGGAUGCCAUGGAGAAUGUUUAUAACAAAAAUCACAAUGAGAUUUUCUGCCCUUAAUGCGUCAGCUAUAAUUUCAGAUCCCUUAAAUAGACAAAACUGACAAACGAACGGAAUGAGCGUUGUAUAGUGCCAAGCUAUGUAUAUAUACAGACGGAAAAAUGUGAGAGAUGUCUCCAAAAGCAAUAUCUUGAUAAUGGAUUUUGUGUAUUGUAUUGUACAGGAUUCAGCCCUAUAUGUAUUAUUAUUAUUGUUAUAUUAUUAUUAUCAUUAUUAUUAUGCGAUUUGUAACUUUACGAGAAGUGAAUGAGACAUCAUGAUUAAUAAUCGCGACAAAUUUUUCGAAUUUCUGAAACCGUCUUGUUACCCCAAAACAUGAAUCGAGCGAAGAGGGAGAAUGGAUGUUUUUUUUUUUGUUUUGAAGGGGACAUCGCAGUGACCCCAAACCUGGCACCUGUCACUGUAAUAAUUAAUAUUAACAUUAUUAUAAUUAUUAUUAUUACGUUUUCGAGGAGAAAUAGAUAUAAUGUUCCUCGUUUUUUGCUGCAAAGUGUUGAACACUAAAAAAACAAACCAACAUAAAAAUGUAAAGUGAUAUUUUGGCAGGAAAAAAAGAAGCUGUCAAGCCGAUAUCAUGUUCUUAAUCUCCUUUUUUUUUUAAAUUUUGUUGUCGUUUUUAAAUCCUUUUUGUUUUUUCGAACGAAAAAAGAUUGUUCUGUUUUUUUUUGUGAUAGCGGUCAUAAAUAUAAUGCUUGUAUUUCUUGUAUUUGUGUGUUUUUCGUGUGAUCUGUUUAGUUCUUUUUAGACAAUCACAAAAUAAGAUGCAAGCAUUGUAUAUGGACAGACUGGCAGGCAUUUUGUGAUGUUGUGUACAGUUUGUCGAAACUUCUUCCACUCUGGUUCAAAGUUUGUAAUUAUAAAGUCAUGAAAAUGCUGUUGGUUUUUACUUUUUUUUUCUUCGUUUUAUAUUCUAUUUGUUUUGUUUGUUUGUUUUUUAAUAAAAAGCACUACAUUAUUGUGAAUAUACUUGCUUGUUGCUCAUACAUCUAGCAGAGAAUCUGUGAUGCCGCUCUUUACUAGGUCAUAACCAUUAUUACUCCAGGUAUACAGACAAAACGUAUUUUAAUUGUAUGGACGGUCAAUACAUCUUCAAAUAAAGUGGAUUUUAACUAUUGCGUA